GGGGUGCGGUUAAAAGGCGGCGCUGCAGCAGACAGGUGUUGAAGACCCGCAGCGCCCAGCGCGCUCCGCUGUCCCGACUCGGAGCCAGUCGGCUGCGCUCCGGCCUGCUACAAGCGAGCGCGGAGCCGGCCCCCGCCCAGGACUAGCCCCAGAUCCGAGGGAGCGCCCCAGUAGCUGCCAGAGACCCCUCGCCGCCCGCCGGGCCCCGCCGCACGCUCUCUCCGGACGCAGCACCAACCUCCCAGAGAACAGGAUGGAUUGGGGCACACUACAGACUAUCCUGGGGGGUGUCAACAAACACUCCACCAGUAUUGGUAAAAUCUGGCUCACUGUCCUCUUCAUUUUUCGCAUCAUGAUCCUUGUGGUGGCUGCCAAGGAGGUAUGGGGAGAUGAGCAAGCUGAUUUUAUCUGUAAUACUCUCCAGCCUGGCUGCAAAAAUGUUUGCUAUGACCACCACUUCCCCAUCUCUCACAUCCGGCUUUGGGCACUGCAGCUGAUCUUUGUGUCCACACCAGCACUCCUGGUGGCCAUGCAUGUGGCCUACCGGAGACAUGAGAAGAAAAGAAAGUUCAUGAAGGGAGAGAUGAAGAAUGAAUAUAAGGACAUUGAAGAGAUCAAAACCCAGAAGGUUCGUAUUGAAGGGUCCCUGUGGUGGACCUACACCAGCAGCAUCUUCUUCCGGGUCAUCUUUGAAGCUGUCUUCAUGUAUGUCUUUUACGUCAUGUACAAUGGCUUCUUCAUGCAGCGUCUGGUGAAGUGUAACGCCUGGCCUUGUCCCAAUACGGUGGACUGCUUUAUUUCCAGGCCCACAGAAAAGACUGUCUUUACGGUGUUCAUGAUUGCAGUAUCUGGAAUAUGUAUCCUGCUAAAUGUCACAGAAUUGUGUUAUUUGCUCAUUAGAUACUGCUCAGGGAAGUCCAGAAAACCAGUUUAAUACAUUUGCCCAGCUGUUAGAAAAAGAUUGCAUGAAAGGAUGAAGCAACCUGUGCUUAGCUGUCAAGGUUCAGUCACCAGCAUUUCCCAAGACAAAGAUUCCCAUCUUAAAUGCAACCAUUCAACCCCCUCCCCAGGAGGCCUCACAUGAAACUCCAGAUGCCUCCAUGGGGCUCUACCCUCCCAAAGCUCCAAAAUAAAGCCCUAACUCUAUGCCUGUAUUAAUUUUUACUAAAGUUAGUUCCAGUAAGAUCCUGUGUUGGUAGGGCUUAUUCCUGUAAGAUAUUUUCAUAUUUUAAACAAAGGAUUCUGGUAUUUGUUUCUUCUUUGGGGAAGGGAGAGAGAAAGAGCCAGGUUAUAAAAGAAAUGCUGAGAAAGUUCAAGUGCUUCCCUUUGAAUACUUUUGCCAAGUUUCCCCCAGUUAAAGGUGAACAUAGAAAAUUGUGGUUCUUUUAUUUGCUUUGGAAGUUUUAAUCUGUAACAAUGGACAAAGUUAUCUAAUGCUUCAAGCUCUGUUGUCCUUUUUUUUUUUUUUAAUGAAGACUUUAAAAUAAGAUAGGUUCUUUUGAUGUAUUGGAAACCAUUAUAUGUUCCUCCUAUUUCAAAGUCUCAGAUUGUGAUAUGUAAAUGGUUUGUAUUAGAUCCUACAAUUUAAUUUAAAAGAUGGCCUUUUGGUUAUGAGUACUUUGCAGUGCUGCCAAGAGGCAGCCUGCUAUAUUAAUAGUGAUUAUGUUGUGCACAACAACGUUGCAGCCUCUCUCAAGACAAACUAGAAGUUCUUAGUGAUGGCCUAUGAUAGCAGAUGGCCUCUUUUCAAAAAUUUUAGUUUUGCAUAAGUACAGACUAGAGAUACCACCAGUUACUACUUGCAACAAGGCUGACUCAACAUCCUCUCUUCUCCUCCAACAUUUGCCUUCUUCAUUACUGUGGUACAUAGUACCCAACCUCAAAAGAACACUGAUUUAAAGAGGUUGCGCCGGAAUUGUUUUGCCACAGUACAAUUUAAUGGUGCAGAACAAAAGGGGGUUGGGAGACAGGGGGGUUUACUAUUUUUAAAGAACCAAUGGAAAGACUAGACUCUAAAGUCUGUUGAUUAAAAAUGAGUUUUUUUCUACUUUGAAUAUUUGUUUGCUGUUCUCUUCAGCAUCCAUUUUUUUAAGUGAAAAUAGAAUUAUAAUAGGCCUUUGUAGAAAUAGAAACUAGGGUUUAGAUCAAUAUGUAAUAGUUUAAUAGGACAAAUUGAAUCCUGAUAUUACCAUUAUGCUUGACAUUUCCAAAAAACAAUAAUCGACAUAACUUCAAUGAGGGGAAACAUUUUCCUGUUGGCAAAAAAUAGUAAUGUAAGACCAUUUUGUAAUAAUAAAUAGCUUUCAUUA